UUUGAGGUCAGUUAAUGUCAUUAAGUGAGGACACGCCCUUGCGGCUACUACUAUCUAUUACUUAGGUUUCUAGCCCUGCCACUUGUAUUCAGUUCUGUUCUAGCCUUGGUACAGUACAGUACGGAAAGCUACUCGUACGUAGCACGUUGUCUACUCGGUCCUCAGACUACACAUUUCACAUUGGCGACGAGGUGAACUAUGGCUACGAACAGGGACUCAGAGCGCCGACCUAUCGAAACUCUCGAUAUCACAGGCCCCGCACACAUUGUUGCAGAACGAUGGCGGAAGUGGAAGAGGAGCUUCCAAUAUUACAUAGAAGGUCAAGGCAUCACCGAUCACUCUCGUCAACGCAGUCUCCUGUUACACUACGCAGGUACAGCUGUGCAGGACAUACACGAGAGCCUCACAGAAGCCGCAGUUACAGACGAUAAUACGGCAUUUUCUCGUACUGUGGCUGCCCUUGACACAUAUUUCCAGUGCGCGCCCAACACGCCCUACGAGCGCCAUACCUUUCGUCAGAUGAGACAGAACGAUGAUGAGUCAGUAGACCAGUUUGCGUCCCGUCUCCGCAUGCAGGCAAAACACUGCAAUUUUCAAGAUGAAGACGACCAACUUCGAGAUCAGCUGAUCGAACACAUCCGUGAUGCUCGACUCCGCCGCAAAUUACUUGAAACUGUCGAUAUACAACUGCGAGACGUCUUGAAGACAGCACGUGUUUGGGAGUCAGUUGACCAACAAGCAAGAGGAAUGCAGCACGCUCUCACACCUGCCGCCGUAACCAAUGCCAGUGGAAAAAAGCCAGACGACAUUGCAGCUGUCCGAUACCGCAGACAAUUGCCAAAAGGUCAAGCAAAAACCCACAGCGACGCCCCAGCAUGCACACAUUGUGGUCGAUCAGGACACUAUGCACGCUCUGAAGCUUGUCCAGCACGUGGGAAGACUUGUAACAAGUGUCACAAGCGCAACCACUUUGCGUCACAGUGCCGCAGUCAAGGAGUUUCCGCGUCAUCUUCGGGCUCACCGCAACGUCGCGGUACCAACCACGCCUCCGACCGCAGACAGAAACACAGACCACCUGCUCGCCGCAGUGACCGCGCUCAUCAAGUCACCGCAUCUUCCCAACCGGAUUCUGGAGAAGAUGAGGAUGAGUCAUUCGCCUUUACGAUUGGUGAUUACGACGGCCAAAUGUCAAAGCAGCUGUCAACUUCAACACCAACAACCAUGAUUAGUUUGAACGGCGUUACCACACAAGCACUAAUCGACUCUGGAGCUUCUUGCAAUAUUAUGGGUGACGAUCUCUUUCACAAACUCUGUUCACAAGGCCUGAACGUAACGCUACGAGUAACGAGCAAGACGCUGUACGCUUACGCCUCACGUCAACCACUUGACGUCGUUGGUCAGUUCACGGCCAACGCUACGAUACACGGAAGAACAACGCCCACCGAAUUUGUGGUAAUUCGGUCGAAGGGGCAGCUUCUCCUCGGCAGGAAAUCAGCUCAACAGUUUGGAGUACUGCGGUUGAAACCUGAGCGACCGCACACCGCACACACGGUCAACACGUCUGGUGAUCAGUUCCGGGUCGACAUCGAACAGCGAUACCCGCAGCUCUUUCACGGUGUCGGCAAGUUGGAUGGCUACCAAGCGCAUAUUCACAUUGAUCCGCAGGUCAGACCAGUCGCACAAAAGCCACGACGGAUUCCUUUCGCACUUAGAAAGCCUGUUUCGGACAGAUUGGAAGAACUCCUUACGAAGGACAUUAUCGAGAAAGUCGACGGUCCUACGUCAUGGGUUAGUCCAGUUGUCGUCGCGCCGAAGGCGUCCGGAGAAAUACGCCUAUGUGUUGACAUGCGCCGUGCGAACGAGGCAAUUAUCCGUGAACGUUACCCAAUUCCAACGGUUGAUGAAAUUCUACAAGCACUGAACGGCAGCACUGUCUUUUCAAAGCUUGAUCUUCGAUGGGGAUUUCACCAGGUCGAGCUUGACGAGGCGUCACGUGAUAUCACUACAUUCGCUGUCAACGACGGUCUCUACCGCUACAAACGCAUGAUGUUUGGCAUCACAUCGGCGCCAGAGAAGUACCAACACAUUGUCAGCCAACUUUUGACCGAUUGUCCGGGUGCACUGAAUAUUGCGGACGAUCUCAUUGUCUACGGGCCAGACCAAGGGACACAUGACGCUAACCUGUUCCGAGUACUCGAUCGCCUUCGAGAAUGUGGUCUCACCCUCAACCUACAGAAGUGUUGGUUUCGCAGAACUAAAGUCGAGUUUUAUGGCCUACAGCUGUCAGGACAGGGAGUAGAGCCAUCCAAGGACAAAAUUCAGGCAAUCAUCGAUGCACCACGCCCAAGUACCGCAGCAGAACUACGCAGCUUUCUUGGGAUCGUGGGAUUCAGCGCUCGAUUCCUACCCGACCUCUCCACGACUGCAGAGCCUCUACGCCGAAUCACACACAGAAACAAUUCUUUCACGUGGACCGACGAGCAAGAGCGAGCUUUCACGAAACUAAAGAAACAGCUUGCUAAAGCCACCGCACUCGCGUACUUCGACCACACUGCACGUACACAGGUCAUCGCAGACGCCAGCCCUGUUGGUCUCGGAGCAGUUCUCGUACAACAACAACCUAACGGUUCGUCUCGUGCAAUCUGCUAUGCCAGCCGCACGCUCACCAGUGUCGAACGCCGCUACAGUCAGACGGAGAAGGAAGCUUUAGGUCUUGUUUGGGCUUGUGAACGUUUUCACCAGUACCUGUACGGCACAACUUUUGACCUUGUCACCGAUCACAAACCUCUCCAAGUGAUAUACUCUCAAUCGUCAAAGCCAUCUGCACGCAUCGAACGAUGGGUUCUUCGACUCCAGGCGUACACUUUCAAAGUAAAGUACGUCACCGGACCAAACAACAUUGCUGACGCCUUGUCACGUUUACCGACCACCAGGAUCGACGACGCAGUGGACACAGGUGAUACUGAAGAGUCAGUCCACAUAGUUACGCAGUGUACCGCUCCGUGUGCUAUAGCAAUAAAGGACAUUGAAACCGCUUCAGCUAGUGAUGAUGAGCUACAGACCAUCCGCCGAUGCAUAAGCACCAACGACUGGACACAUCUCCCUCACAAGUUCAUGCCGGUUCGCCACGAACUUACAGCUAUCGGUCAAGUCGUUCUUCGCGGUACCAGGAUAGUACCUCCUUCAUGCUACCGUGACCGCAUCCUGGAGUUAGCUCAUGAAGGCCAUCAAGGAAUAGUAAAGACGAAGGAACGCCUCCGCACUAAAGUAUGGUGGCCUGGUAUCGACCGACAAGCGGAAAUGACGUGUAAAACUUGUAUCAGUUGUCAAGCCGUCAGUCAGCCGCUUCCUCCAGCUCCAGUCAAAUCAACGGCACUACCACAAGGACCGUGGGAAGACCUAGCCACAGAUUUGCUGGGACCUCUACCGACAGGAGAAACGCUACUCGUCACCGUAGACUACUACAGCCGCUACUUCGAGGUUGACAUUCUACGGUCUACUACCGCGCAGUCCGUCAUCAACCGUCUCAAUGUUCAUUUUGCACGGUACGGUAUCCCGCGAAGCAUUCGCACCGACAACGGACCGCAGUUCAUUGCUUCCGAGUUCACUGCUUUCCUCAACGAGCUAGGAAUCCAGCAUCGCCGGAACACACCUCUUUGGCCACGGGCAAAUGGAGAAGUAGAACGACAGAACCGUACUCUGUUGAAGGCCAUCAAGGUCGCGAAUCUUGAACAGAAACCAUGGCGAGUGGAGUUACAAAGAUUUCUACUAGCCUACCGGUCUACACCUCAUUCAACAACAGGUGUCAGUCCCGCCGAGCUACUCUUUCGCCGUCCAAUGCGCAGCAAGCUACCCGCUAUCACGGAUACGGUAAGUGAUGACGUAUCUGUUCGUGAUCGUGACUCUGCACGUAAGCAAACCACGAAAGAUUAUGCUGACCAGUCGAGUCGUGCCCUGGACCAUCCUGUCACAGAGGGAGACAGAGUUCUUGUCAGAAAUACGACUCCUGCGAAUAAGCUCAGUCCUACUUUCUUGCCGGAUCCGUACACAGUUGUUUCUCGUCACGGGGAUCAGCUUGUCCUCGAAUCUCCGGGAAAAGUCAAGGUUAAACGCAACGUCCAGCUGACGAAGCCGGUAUGCGAAAGGAAGGAAAGAGAUGAGGACGUUGAGAUAUCAGCAGGCAGCAGUGAAAGUGCAAACACCGACAGCAACACCCAGGCAGAUACUGGAGACCAAGCUGCAGCCACGACCCCGACACAAGACAUGUCUGAGCCAGAGACACAACAAUCAGAACGACCGAAGCGAACUAUAGUCCCUCCUGCGCGAUUUAAAUCGUUUGUGACUUCGUUUCGUUAGUUUGUAUACGUUCAAUUUGUUCUCCGUAUUGUUUAUCUAAAGGAAGGGAGGGAAAUGUAGUGUUUGAGGUCAGUUAAUGUCAUUAAGUGAGGACACGCCCUUGCGGCUACUACUAUCUAUUACUUAGGUUUCUAGCCCUGCCACUUGUAUUCAGUUCUGUUCUAGCCUUGGUACAGUACAGUACGGAAAGCUACUCGUA